AGUGCGCUUGCGCCGUCAUCCAGCGCCGCGCAACAUGGCUGCAGUGCUGAAGGGGAUGUGUCUAUGGGCGCUGCUUGUCGCUGCCGUCAGCUCUGGGCAGAAGCUUUUGUCCGACUUCAAACGCUGCCUGGACGAAGAAUGCAGCAUGCUGAUGUGUCGUGGUAAAGCUGUGAAGGAUUUCGUGGGUCCUGACUGCCGCUUCCUAAAGUUUAAAGCGGGUGAAACCAUUUAUGUGUAUUAUAAAUUAGCAGGGAAGAGAAAUGACCUCUGGGCUGGAAGUGUGGGGAGUCAGUUUGGAUAUUUUCCCAGCAACUUGAUUGAAGUAAAUCUAGUGUACUCGACUACUGAGGUGGAGUUGCCAGCUGAGGACACAGACUUCGUUUGUUUUGACGAAGGCCCAGAAGAAUUUGAAGAGGUGGAUAUUGACAAGCUUGUCAGAAUUGCAGGCUCCAGUGACGGUGAGAGUAAGGAGCACAUUGAAGAAAGGGAUGCAAGUCCAAGGGAGGAUGAUACAGGGCAACAGAUUCCAGAUGAUGAAUCUGGGAAGACAUCAGAAGUACCUGGAAUUAAGUCUGUGGGCGAUAAAGCAAGCAACGAAGCUGUUCAGUCUGCAGAACAGGAAGGUGGGGACUCCCUAACACAGACUGAAGGGAGAGGAGCUGAAUCUAUAGAUAGUUCAUUAAGUGAUGAAAGAACUCUUCAUGUUGAAGAUGAAGUUCCUGAAGAAAAACCUGCUUUUGUGGGUGAUGAUACUUCCUCUUUGGAAGACCAUUCAAUGGAAGGGGAUGGUAGUAGCCACGUUAAAGUGAGCACACACUUGGAAUCCAGUUCUCAGGAGCCAGCAACCACAUCUCCAAAAGAUGCAGGGAGUGAAGGGCUAAGUCGAGAUGGCAGAGACACUCGAGUUUCCCUGGACGCUGAGGAACUGCUGUCUGUAGCAGAACUUGAAUCAGAAGGUGGACAGAAAGAACUUGUAGAACUUGAGGGCUCUUCAGUAUUAAAAACUAGAUCUGAGUCAACAAGAGAUGCGAUUAUGGUAGAUCAUGAAGUGGGCAGCAAAGUCACUACAUUGGAUGAAAAGACAUUGUUGGAUGUAGAAUUGGACCAAGAUCAUUUGGCUGAGCCUCCUGAAAACAUAACCCUACUCUCCAGCUCAGAUGAGAAUUCACUUCCUCAACAGGAUAAGGAAGUUGGGGAAGAUUUAAAAUCUAGUGAAGCUGACACUAAAACUACAACUCAAGCUGCAGAUACUCUGGCAGCUUCUAUUAGUCCAGAAAAGGGACAACCAUUAGAUAAAGUAACUGAGAAAACUACCGAAAGUGGGGAAACACUAACUUCAAAAGACAGAAAAAGUGGAGGGCUGUGGACAACUCUUGGAGAGACCUUUUCUGCAGUUCUAACUGAAGAUGAGAUGACAUUCAAGGUUACAGACCCAGAUGGUUCUGAUUCUGAAGACGUGCUGAAUGAUCCAAGUGUGGGAAAUAGUGAAAAUCCAGUAGAAGAAAAUAGGAUCUAUUUGUUGAGUAUGUCAGAAGAUGCUGGCAAUAAGCUUCGAUCUUCAUUUGGUAAAACAGCUGCAACUGAUGUUGCUGUAAAGGAGAUAGAAGAUCCUGAAGCCACAGUUCAGGCCCUUGACACGAGCCUGGAAACUGAAACCAAUGUUGAAAUGUUGGUUAUGGAAUAUGAGGGAAUCAAGCAGCAGCAACAUGUUGCGUCUACAGUAGAUAGUCAAAGUUCAGGGCAACACAAAGAGGGAAAAUUGCAGUCACAGGACGCUGUGGAUGAUGAAUCUGUGACUGUGCCAGAAACAGAUGAAAUUAGUCUAAAAAUUGAACCACAAGUUGACACUGAAGUUGAAUUGGCAACUGAGAUGAAUCAAGAACUCCCAAAGUUUAUCCAGUCAGAACUAGAAACUGGAAUGGACAAACCAUCUGGGCAUUCUGAAGGAAUAGAUACUGUAAAUGAAGAGUUAAAAUCGGAAGAUCGGAUAAAGGUAGUGACAAGUGAAGGGCUUCCUGCAAAAGAUGCCAAUACCACCCUUUCACAAGAUGCAGUGCAAGUUGAAGAUCAAAUGACGGACCCAGAAGACCGCAGGACGGUGAAGAAUGAAGAUGACAUGCAAAAGAAUGACCAGAGAGAUGUAAAUCUAACUUCAGAUAGUUAUUCAGAACUGCCUGACACUGGAAUUUCAGAUGAUAGCCAAGGAGAUCUAAACAGUGAAGACAGUGAAGUUUUAGAUGAAUUCCUUGAUGAAGAUCAGCCAGAAGAGUUGUUAGAGGAUGAAAAUGCUGCAGAUGCCAGAAUGGCUAAAGAACGAGGUGCCAACAUAGCUCUUGGAGAUGGGUUAGAUGAUCAGAAGUUAGGUGUUAGUGAUAUGAAUGUUACAGAAAAAGAGAAUACUGUGGAGCCGGUAGAUCUGCAAGCUGGACGAGAAGAUGCUGCAAAGGAAGCUGCAGAGAAAGACCAUGAAGUAAGAAAGGAGCAUGCUCAGAACAUUCAAGGACAAGCAAAUUGGAUUGAAAAUGAGAAGAAAUCAGAACAAUCCUCCCUUAGAUCUGUAGAUGAGCGUGAAGAGUGGGUAGACCAGACUCAGGACCUGAAGAAUCUUUCAGGAACUUUGCAUGAAGAAAAUGGUGAGUUUGAUAAGAGUCUUCAUAUUGAAGAGAGUGCAAAGAGCGAGGGCAGGUGGCCUGGGACGUAUUCCAGAAGUGAAAAUGCCUCAAACCCAUUGAAAGUUGAAGAGAAGAAGACUGAAGAUUCCAAACAACCAAGCAAUUAUAUUGGGUCAGAAGAUGCAAACGAAGAGUAUGAAGAUCUCAAGUACCAGGAGGCUGUGCAAAAGCUUACAAUUUUGAAAGGCUCCUUGAGUGAAAAGAGCUUUCAGCUUGUGCAGAAGUAUCUAAGUCCUCAACAAGUUUUGGAGGUUGAAGCUGUGCUUUAUGAUUUUGAAAAGGAGCUAAAUCUCACCAAGUUAUCUGAAGCGAAUGAUGAAGAUACUGAGAACAUUCUUGACAACAUACUUGAGGAAUCAGAGUCAAGGAUCCUCGACAUGGUGGAGAAUAUGUUGGACAAAAGAGCUGCCGUGAACCAACAAAAGAUAGAUGAAAACCCUCUGGACAGUGAUGAAGAGACUGUAAUUUUGAAUGACCUUCAGGAGCUUAUGUUUCAAUUAAGACUGAAAUAUUCAGCUAUCAGGGACAGUGUUGUUCUUGCCUCUGGAGAUGAGUUGUCGAAGGAAAGGAAUCAUUUCCUCCAUGAAUCAGCGGAUGAAGGCAAACCGGAAGCACCAGACAGACAGGAAGAAGAGAAGGAGGAACAACUGGAAAGAGGGCUGCCUUCUCUACAUUUCUCAGAGCAUGUAUCACAUUUGGAGGAAAAGCAGCACGCAAGCAGAAGUGAAGGGGGACUUGGAAAGUUGGACUCCGCAGAGAGUGAGAGCAAAAAGCACGACAACAAACCGGGGGAGGUGCUUUCUCCAGAGCCUCCAAAGGAUCUAGAGGAAGAGCUUCCUUCUGUUAACGGUCCAGACGGUGGAGCAGGUCACACACAGGUGACAGAGGGAGAACCAAUGUAUCCAGAUUUUACACAGCAACAUCCCAGUGGAGAAUUUGAGGAAACAGAAGCAACUCCUUCUAACAUUACAGGGAGCAUGGAAGAUGCAGGGAGUAAACCUCCUCCAGAGGAUGGUGUAGAACUAGGCGCGGCUGAACAGAGGAAUGACGGGGAAUGUGCCAGAGGAACAGGCUCCAUGAUGGUUGGAGGGAGAUCAAAGGAGGAAGUUUUGGGAGAACAGUGUGUCCUGAACGCUGAAGGCGGGAAGGAAUCACAGAUGGGACCUCCUACAAUGAGAGAUGGAAAGUCUGACAAAAUGGACCACGUGGAUGACAGUCCACUUAAGCAAGAGUGGCAAGAGGUGGACAGUGUGCGUGCGAUCACAUCUGAGAGUGUUGCCGACAGGGCUCAUUUGGAGACAGAGAGAGGUUCUCUGCACUCCCAGGAAAGGAUUCAGUGGCUGCCAUGGACUAUCUCAGCACUGUACGGAGUCAUCCUGGCUACGAGCAACACUGUGAGACAAGUUGUCCGUUCACUCUCGGAAUUUCUUAUUUCCUCUUUGCCUGAUGAAAUGAGGCCAGGCCCAGAUUUCCAUGGAGUGCCCUGGGAACCCAUUCUGAUAACUGCUGCUCUGGGAUUUCUUACUUUCUUUAUCUUUAUGUGGCGAACCUGUCUUUCAGUGAAAAGUAGAAAAUAUCAAAUUACUGAAAAGCAGCUAGCUGAGAAAAUCAAACAGCUUAUUCAGGAAAAGACUGAAGCUUUGGAGAAAGUGUCCAGUUAUGAAAAGAAGUUGGAGGAAACCAAAGCCCUUAUAAGUGAGGCCCAGAACGUCGAGUCUACAGCUUCUGUUGAGACCAAGGAGCUUGAGGAGUCUUGCCGGGAGCUUGAACAGGUGAAUCUUCAUCUGGAAACGCGUGUGAAAAAUCUCCAGGCAUCAUUGGAUAAAGAGAGGGAAGAGACUGCAAAACAGCAGACUCUGAUCGCAGAUACUCAGCAGUCCGUGAAAAAAUUGCAAAAAGUUAUUUCGGCUCAUUCAGCAGAACUGUUACAGGUACAAGAAGCCCUUUGUGGUGCCAAAACAAAUGAAGAGAAACUGCAAUCAGAUAUGCAGGCUGUGCUUGAGGAAAAUGCUCGACUUAAGCAGAGCAAAGAUCAGCUGCUAAAAGAGGCAGAAGGCUGGAGUGAGCGACAUGGUGAGCUUAAUGAGCAAAUCAAGCUCUGCCAGAAAGCUCAGAGAGACUUGGAGGAAACCUUGGCCUACAAGGAUAAUGAGAUUGAGGUGCUGACCGACUGUGUGAUGCAGCUUAGGCAACUUGAUACAGAGUCUGACAAUGAAGAUCGUGGAUGGGACAAAGAAGUGGAUGGUGAUGUGGCUAACGGUGAACUGCCAGAUAAAAACAAGAAGACAAAGAUGAAGAUACAACAAAUGAUGGACGUUUCAAGGGUAAAAACCACACUGAAGAUCAUUGAAGAGGAAAAAGAGCAUUUCCAGGCCAAGCUGACAGAUGAAAUAAAAGCCAGACAUGAACUGGAAGAACAAAUUAAACAACUUGAACACAACUUUGCAGCCACCGAGACUGAGAAAUCAAGGCUCGAGAAUGAAUUUAAAACAAUGCAACAGAAGUUGGAAAUCCUGACUGAGCUGUACCACCAGAAGGAGAUGGCUCUGCAGAAGAAGCUGUCUCAAGAAGAGUGCCAGCGUCAGGAAAAGGAGCUGAAGCUCUCUGUGGCUGAUGAGAAGGCACUUCAGGCACUAGAGGAGGUGAAAAUGUACAAACAAAGAAUCCAGGAGGUGGAAGAAGAGCUGCAGAAAAGUGAGAGAUCGUUCAAGAGUCAGAUUGCCGCUCAUGAGAAGAAGGCUCAUGAAAACUGGUUAAGUGCACGUUCAGCUGAGAGAACACUUACAGAAGAGAAGAGAGAGUCUGCAAAUUUGAGACAAAAGUUGAUCGAAUUGAAUCAGAAGCUUUCUCAGCUCCAAAGACCUUCAAUAAUUAAACCAACGCCAGGUAGGCCUGACAGGCAGGUUCCUCCAGGAGCUCCUCCACCUCUAGGACCAGCACGCAGAGCUCCAGUAUCUUGUGAUGACUCCUAUGGGCCUUCUCCUGUAAGCACUGGGCCCCCUUCACCCCCCAUGAUGAUGGAGCUCCUUGUACGGCCACCCUCAGCUAAUGCAGGUCGUGGUUUUCCCCGGGAUCGGGGGGAUGGAGGCCAUCGAGUUCCUCCCGGUGCUUUGCCUUCUCGUGAGUGGGUUGGUCCAGGCCCAGAUCGGUUAGGUCCUUCUUCUGAUCAUGGUUCUCCACCUCCUCUGUGGGACCGGCGGCCAGGUCCAAUGGAUGGUUAUCCUGGACUACGGAGACCACCUUCGGAAUCGAAUAUAAUGUCUGGACGAAUUUCUGGUCCGGGUGAAAUUCGUGGACUUCCAGCUAACAGAGCAGCAGAAAUGUGCUCUGGAGGAUCGGGUCAGUUGCCCAGUGGGCCAAGAACAUCUUCCCCAAAUGUGACGGAAUGUGCGACGCAAGAUGAUGUUGCUAAGGCUGAAGAGCCGGUAUCUUUAUCUAAUCCAUCCUCUGAACAAUCAAAGGCAGUGAAUGCUAAUGCCUCUCAGGCUGCAAUGUCUUUCCCAGGAACACCUAUCAUGAAUUCAUCUCUGGGUGGGAUGCCUCCCCCUGGACCCCGACAUGGACCCCCUCCACCCAGAGGCACCUACGGUCCAGUGCCAGUGCCACUCCCGCAGAGCCAUCUAGUCCGUGUUCCAGCCCUCCGUGAUUACCCUCCAGGGCCGUUCCCGCCACCAGGGCACAGACAGUUUCUUCCUGCACCCUUACCACCACCUCCACAAGUUCUGAGAGACUUCCCACCUGGUGUAAGGGAAUACCCACGAGGACCCAGAGUUCUGCCUCCUGGAGCCCAUGACAUUCCCUCUGGGCAAGAUAACCGGCAGUGACAAGGCAUUCGACUGGACUGAUCACUCACCUCAGGCAAAUGUACUUGAUGUAUGUAAACCAGAUUUACGAUGGAAUCCUUCAAGUAUUCCAGGAUCCUGGUUUGUUUCUCAGUUACCUGUAAUUGGGAAUUAUUUAACUAGCAGGUCUGAUUAUUGGACCUGUUUAAACUGUGCUGGCUGUUGGAGGAUCCCAUUCAUCGUAGCAGUGGCUUUACCCUUGUGAAUGAUGAUCAGGCGCAGUCAAUCAUCAAUUUAUUCUGCAGCCAGAAAACUCUUGGACAGCUUAAAGUUUUGUACUUUCCAGCUUUGGAAAUGGAUAGGAAUGUUUAUGGGAGAUUUGCAAAUUAAGUAUAACAUGCUGUUUACAGCUUCAAACUUCUGAGAAUUUGUCAAAAGGUAGCCACUUUGCCAAUCAAGGAGUAAAUAGUGCAAUAUUAGGGUACCUGUGUCUCGUGUGGUAAAUCUCUUGAUAAUCUGUCAGCAUUGUUCUGAGGCCUUUUAGUCUUCAUGGUUGCAAAAAAACUUUUCCUGUGGAAAUAACUAAAGAGAGCAGCCUGAUUAUGUUGUCAUGGCAAUACAUUUGUAAUUCAUACACAAACUACUUCAAUGAACCAUCCAUUUGUCAGCCAGCCUGAUUUUAGUUUGACUUCUCUUUGGGAAAACAAAACACAGGAACACCCUGUAUAAGUAAGGCCAGAUGUAACUUAUUUUACUAUUGAGAAUUUAUUAAUAAAGAUUAAAAUUACUGGGUUGUCAAUGAAUAAUGUUCAGUGGUGAUAUUUGGGCCUCAUUAUUUUCUUUCCAUGUAAGUCUCUGUUAGUAGGAAUACAUAGAUUGGCACGGCAUGAAUCAAAACAGCCUGCAGAUGUCCUGCUUCUAAGUCCCCGUUCUCUUCCCCUCCCACCCACCCACCCACC